CAACAUUAAAAGAUGAUUAGUCACUACACAAAGACCGUUUCUGCUCUAUUUAUCUUGUUUUGUCUCUUCAUCACGUUUGCCUCUUCAACUUCCUUCAUACAGCAAGUCACUGAUGACCUCAACACAAACUUGCUACAGGAUGAUGGAGAUGGACCAGACCCAAUCCAGGGAGAAGCUCAUUACUUGCGUAAACAUGUUCAAGAUGGAGAUGAACCAGAUCCAAUCCAGGGAGGAGCACAUUACUUAGAUAACCAUGAUCAAGAGAUCUCAUCACGUGACUAUAAAGUCUCAGCUUCAAAUACAGUGAAGGGUCUCAGAAGUCGUCCACCAUCUUCUUACUCUCUAAAGAUGGAGUCGUUCAAAACGUUACUUAACUCAAAAUACUCAGAGAGAUAUAUAUCUCGUCCUUUCUCAGCCGCUGGCUAUAACUGGACACUAGUUGUGUACCCUAACGGGAACAAGAAUGACAAAGGUUCAGGGUACCUUUCGCUGUACGUAGCCAUAGACAACUCCACUCUCGCUCCACAUGAAGAGGUUUACGUGGAUCUCAGGUUUUACGUCUUCAACAAGAAAGAGAAGAAGUACUUUACCAUCCAAGAUACCGAUGUAUGGAGAUUUAACAACUUCAAAACGAUGUGGGGAUUCUCUAAGGUUCUCCCUGGUUAUACAUUUAAAAACACUUAUAACGGAUACCUUUACGAUGGAGAUCACUGUGAGUUUGGUGUUGAUGUGACUGUACCUUCUGUCUUUCAAACAUCAGAACUUUUCACAGUCUCUGGUAAGUUCGAAAGCCCGACAUUCACCUGGAGACUUCUGAAGUUCUCUACGUUGGUCAAAGAUACUUACAUCUCUGAUACUUUCUCCAUCGGAGGAAGAAGUUGGAACAUACAAGUGUAUCCAAGUGGCCGUGAAAAGGGAAGGGGAAAAGCUUUGUCCAUGUUUCUUAUCGUUAAUCCGAAAGAGGAACUCAGACCCUAUGAGAGAAUAUAUGUUCGAGCCAAGCUUCGAGUUCUUAACAAAUUCAAAUUCAGAAUCGUCGAAAGGCAAAUUGAUCACUGGUUCAGUGGUUGGGAAACUGGACGUGCAUAUGGUUGGGGUUAUAAUGAAUUUGUCCCUCUCUCUAGUCUCAAAGAUUCAUCAAAGGGGUUCCUUGUUGAUGAUAAGUUGACGGUUCAAGUCGAAAUUCAAGCCGUUUCUACAACCAAGUACUUUCCUAGUUAGAGUUUUCUCUAACCACGUACGUACGGACCUGCCACUACAUGUGCUUGCUUUGUUAUCCACCACUUAAGUAAUAAUAAGUCCGUGUUUGUGUUUCAAUAAGUGAGUUGUGUUAAUAAGUCCGUGUAUGGGUUUCAAUAUAUGAGUUUGUAUUCUCAAAAUCUCAUGCAUCUAUUAAAACAU